AUGGUGAUAGGUGGUACUGGUCUAGACAAAGCAAACGUGACAUUGAAUUGUUCCAGUCCCGUCAUACUAAAUGAAGGUGACAACUUCACCUGUCUGUGCAGUGGUGAAGGUGGAAACCCUCCUGCUAAUGUUAUCUGGUAUAAAGAUGGAGUCAAAAUUAGUGAUGCUGGAAUAGAGAAUCAAACGUUAAAUAUAUGGAAUGCUGAUAGAACAGAUAAUGGAAAUUACACGUGUGCAGCCACCAGCAGCUAUCGUUAUAACAAUUUUAGAGAUGAAGAAUCUAUCGAAGUAAUAGUUUAUUACAAACAAAACAUAACAUUGAAUUGUUCCAGUCCCGUCAUACUAAAUGAAGGUGACAACUUCACCUGUCUGUGCAGUGGUGAAGGUGGAAACCCUCCUGCUAAUGUUACCUGGUAUAAAGAUGGAGUCAAAUUCAGUGAUGCUGGAAUAGAGAAUCAAAUGUUAAACAAACCAAACGUGACAUUGAAAUGUUCCAGUCCCGUCAUACUAUACGAAGGUGACAACUUCACCUGUCUAUGUAGUGGUGAAGGUGGAAACCCUCCUGCUAAUGUUACCUGGUACAAAGAUGGAGUCAAAAUUAGUGAUUUUGGAAUAGAGAAACAAACGUUGAAUAUCUGGAAUGCUGACAGAACAGAUAAUGGAGAUUACACGUGUGCAGCCAGAAGCAAUCGUCACGAAAAUUUUAGAGAUGAAGAAUCUAUCGAAGUAAUGGUUUAUUACAAACCAAACGUGACAUUGAAUUGUUCCAGUCCCGUCAUACUAUACGAAGGUGACAACUUCACCUGUCUGUGUAAAGGUGAAGCCGUGAAGGUGGAAACCCUCCUGCUAAUGUUACCUGUAAAACCAAAUGUGACAAUAAAUUGCUCCAGUUCUAUAACCGUUAACGAAGGCGACGAUGUCACGUGUGAAUGUAAAUGUGAAGAUGGUAACCCUCCAGCAAAUUGUACUUGGUUUAAAAAUGGCACCCUCGCUGGUAAAGUGGGGAAGGAAGACAGCACGUUGAAGCGCCAUAAUGUAAAAAAGAUUGACAGGUCAAUUGCAACAACGAACACGUUGCCAAUACGGUCGUCAACAACGCGAUCUGUGAAAGUGAACUCUAUACUUAACACGAUGGUAAACACCAAUAUGACGAACCCUACGUCCAGGCUGAAGACAAGUGAUAGACCAGAGAAAACAGUCUCAAGAGAAUGUAAUUGCAGUGGCACCGAAUGGCAUGUGAUUGUCAUAACAUUGGGUUCAGGAAUGAUCGUUGGAGUUCUUCUCACUGCAUUUGCUUUAUAUUCUCAUCGUAAGUGGUUUAGAAACAAAAAACCUAAACUAACUCCUGAAGCACAAGUAACUGCUGACGAUCAAGCAACUUAUCAAGAACUUGAUCUUACAAAAAUGAAUCGAGAAAAUAAUUAUCAGUCGUUGAGAGGAAAUGCGGCAAGGAAUUACGCUGUAAGCAACGAGGAGGCGGAGGAGGCCUGUUAUGCUGAGUUGAACAAAAUCAGAGAUGCGGAGAACAACUAUCAAUCUUUAACGUAA